AUGGGUGCGACGGAAAACAACGGUCCUCAUGAUAUCAAUGGUUUCAGCAUCCUGGCACUCGGGUUCAAUAUCUGCAACAGCUGGAUUGGGAUGGCCUCCAGUCUUGCCAUCGGGAUCACACUCGGUGGCACAGUUACAGUGCUGUACGGUGCCUUGGUAACGACUGUAAUCUAUCUUGCGACAGCCGCUACCUUGGCAGAAUUGUCUUCGAUCUACCCAACGGCCGGAGGACAGUACCACUUCACGUCGCUUCUAGCGCCCAAGAGAUACAGCAGAUCGCUCUCUUACGCUUGUGGCAUUGUCUCGGCUUUUUCUUGGAUCUCACUUAGCGCUGCUGUGGCCAUUUUGAAUGCUCAACUUCUCAUUGCGAUAGCUGUUAUCUGGAACCCCGACUAUGCUCCACAAGCCUGGCACUAUUUCCUCAUUUAUCAGACGCUCGCCUUCCUUUUACUUCUUUCAAAUCUCUUCGUCAUUAAACGCGCACCAUGGUUACAUGAUAUCGGAUUUAUUCUGACACUGACAAGUUUCAUUGUCAUCCUCAUUACGUGCAUUUCAUGCUCAAACCAUAAGCAACCCAGCGAUUUUGUGUGGAAGACUUGGAUUAAUGAAACUGGCUGGCCAGAUGGAAUAUGUUUCCUGACUGGCCUGGUCACGCCAGCAUUUAUGUACGCAGGUCUCGAUGCAGCGCUCCACCUCGCAGAAGAAUGCACCCAUCCCGAGAAAACCGUGCCCAAAGCUGUGAUGUCCAGUGUGGUUAUCGGCUUCGUGACCGCAUUCUCCUUUGCAAUUGCCAUGCUCUAUGCUUUGGGCGAUUUCGAGGCUGUUCUCGCAACAGCAACACGAAUGCCAAUCAUAGAAAUUUAUCUUCAAGCAACCGGCUCACGUGUUGCUACGACGGUUUUUGCCGUCAUGUCUCUAUCAAUUGGCUGCUUCAGUCUCAAUGCAAUCCAGCAGACAUCGUCACGCCUAACAUGGGCCCUUGCUAGAGACAAUGCCUUCGUUUUCUCAACUGUGGUGUCCCGCAUCCAGCCGACAUUGCAGGUGCCGGUAUGGGCGCUACUAGGAAAUUUCGGCGUGAUCUUCUGCUGUGGCUGUUUAUACUUAGCCUCUACCACAGCAUUCAAUGCUUUGGUCGGUAUCGGCAUCGUGCUGCAGCAGCUCUCUUUUGCAUUCCCAGCCGCGCUUUUGCUUUACCGCAAACGGUCGACCAGAUUCUUGCUGUCAACGGCUCCUUUUCGCCUGAAUUCUGCACUUGGCUGGGCCGCCAACGCGCUCGUUGUGGUGUCGGCACUCAUAUGGUUUGUAUUCUUUCAAUUCCCUGUUACUCUUCCGGUGACAAGCUCCAACAUGAAUUAUGCAUGUGUGGUCACAGGGUGCAUGUGCCUACUAGGAGGUGUAAAUUGGAUCAUCCAUGGGAAAGCUCACUACCGUGGUCCUCGCAUUGAGUACGGCCUAGGAACACAGCUUUAAUCGGAAAGAACGUUCGCAAGAAUUUUACUUGCAUGCAACAGGAAUCUUUGAUGAUCAAUAUCGAUGAGAAAAUCUAAAACAGUGAACCAUGAUAGUCCGUGUAAUAAAGAGCGUAUGGAAUGUAGCGUAUGUGGAUGAGCAGGGAGGUGUUUUAGUACGGGAUAAUUGGAUUAGAAUUUGGGCAGAUCAAGG